CCCGCCCACAGGGCAAGUCAAUGUGUCUAGACUCUCACACUGACUACAGCCACCCACGUUCUUCCAUCAUAUCCCGGUCGCCAUCAUUACCACAGCCGAAUGGAAACAAGUCUUGUUGAACCCCGCCGUCGCUCCAUCGCUCCUCAGCUUCACACUGCACUCAUGACUCUCCAUCAUGUCUUUGCUCCAGCCUGAAUACAUAUUUCUGUGAUCAGGGCCCGAGUUGAAAUAAUCUACGGCUGCAUGCCGAAUCUUUGCCGCAGCCAUGGCGAGCACAGUCGGGCACAAUCUCGACGUUGACUGGCUCUUGCAUUCGAAGAAAGAACUCUCGCAAUCCUUGGGCGACAAGAACAACAAAAAAGACGAAGUGCGAUCGCAAUCUCCGCCUCAGAUCAAAUCGACCGAACCAACUCCGCCGUCCACACCUACCGAUCACAAGCAGCCGAAAAAGGCGCAAAGAGAUGCAGACUCUGUAGCUGCACCUCAGAAACCUGUGUCGACGCCGAACGGCACGACUGGUACCGCACAGGCGAAUGCGACAAAGGCUGGAGGUGCGCAGACUCAGCCGAAGAGCCAGCCGCAGAAUGCACGACCUACACUGCCCAAGGGACAAAGUGCCGAGGACAAGAAGAACUUGAAGACCAAUACACCCAAUGGCAAAAGAGAUGGCAGACGCAGCUCAUGGAUCUCGAGUAUCAGUUCGAAAUUCUCCUCGUCGACCUCUCCUACACCCUCCCGCCAGUCGAGCAUGGACGACAGACAAGGCCUUCACAAACCCGACGUGCCAUCGCCACAGCCCAGCCCAAAGGUGGAGUUGUCGAAUCCUUUCAACAAGAAGGAAUCAGUCAAAGACGGACACAGCGAUACCGCGAAAGAGGAAAAACCGACCCCAGUUGUACAUGCUGGCCCACGUCGACCGUCGGUUCUGGUUGCCGCGGGCAAGGAAACGAAACUGGAGCACCCAGGCUUCCUCUCGAGCGCUUUACGGAGACUCUCAUCGUCUUCCAAUGCGACCAUGGGCAAAGGUGGUGGUGCAUCCGGGGCGAUCUGUCCGAGGAGGGUCAUGAACAUUGACCAAAAUCGACAGCGAAUCAAGAUCAACGAAUUCGAUCAGGCCAAACUCAAACGAGUGGCUUUUUGUGUUGAUGUCGAGAUUGCCGGGUUUUCUGCAUCAGCCGACGAGGAGCCUGACAAGUUCAGCCGUCCUACCACGUCGAACAUGCAGAAACAAAGCCUCACCACAGAAAAGGAGUCCACCAACAAAAAAGACGUCAAGGAUGCAAAAGUGAAGGACAUAGGGGAGGGUGCUGCUCUGAAAAACCCGGCGGCCGCCACGGAAGCAAAGGAGGAAAAGCCAGCAGUCAAGCCUGAGCCGACGCCUGAAGAAUCCAAAGACAAACAAGAUGUCAAAGUUUCAUUGAGUGAGGCCACCACCACAUCUCCGGAGAACCAACCUCCGCCUACGACAACAAGGAAAAAGGAAAAGAAGAAACGGUCCGAAGCCGAACGAAAAGAACGAAAGGAGAAAAAACGGCGGCAUGCAGAGGCCAACGGACUCGUACCGCUCGAGUUGACCAGAGAUGAUGAUGAUUCGGAUUCAAACUCCAGCAACACUCCCCCAGGCGCUUCAACUCCGAGACGACCAAUGGACGGGCCCACGAUAGACCCUCUACGAAUCUACAAACGAUGUUGUCAACUCCGCGAGACCUCCAUCCUUCCUCAGAUGAAAGAGCAGAUUACGAAACCAUCAGCGACCCUGGCAGAAGCACCUGGAACAGUGGCGGUAAUGGAUCUGACCGGAUUCCAAAUGUCGUUACAAGACAUCAACACGUUGGGCGACUGGCUCGCCAUCGUGCCCGUUCGAAAAUUGAUCCUGGAAAAUUGUGGCUUGACGGACGAGGGAGUUAGAGUGAUUCUAUCUGGACUCUCAAGCUGCAAAUCUAUAGAGCAAGCUCGGCAAAACAGAAAACUCCCCAAAAGAUAUACCGGAAAACGUGGUAUGGAACAGAUGGGUGUCAUUGAAAAAUUGUCGUUGAAAGAUAAUCCUGCCAUCACCAACCUGGGUUGGAAGCAUAUAGGACUUUUCCUCCACAUGUCGACAUCUCUCAAGGCGAUUGAUCUUUCUGGGUUACAAUUUCCGAAGUCAGGCGAUCUAUCGAGGACACCCUCGGGCAACAGUUCAGUCAGUAAUGCCGACACAAAUUCCAAGAUGGUCGAUUUGGGUACUCUGAUCAUCCACGCACUGACGGUACGAUUGGGCGACAAACUGGAGGAACUUAUACUCGGCCGGUGUGGACUCUCCACCAAAAACAUCCAAGACAUUGUUGAAUGUGCUAUGAAAUGCAAGAUCCGUCGCCUCGGACUGGCCGACAACAACGUCACCGAAGAAGCAUUGGCACAUCUCGUUCGCUAUGUCAAGUCUGGUAGCUGUGAAGGUCUAGACCUCGGUGGGAAUGACUUGCGAGGUAUUGCACAUACAUUGGCAGAAGUUGCCACUGACACAUGCCCCCUGUUCGCUAUUAGUCUUUCGGCUUGUAACCUGACACCGACCGACCUCAGCGCGAUCUUGAUUCCAUUUGGCAAACUCACGAACCUCAAAUUUAUGGAUUUGUCACAGAACAAGGCGUUGUUUUCCGGGGGACCGAAUGCUGUACCAGUUUUGCGGAAGUUCCUGCCCAGACUGACGGAGCUCAGACGCAUCCACUUGUCUGAUGUAGACCUAACUCCCGAUCAAGUGGUGGCGCUGUCUGAGAUUCUACCCGACUGUCCGAACAUGAUGCAUAUUAGUAUCUUGGACAAUGCGCCUCUAUUGCAUGCCAUGAACUCCAAAGAGGAAGGUGCUCAAGAAGAAGCUUGCGCUUUCUUUGCGGCGUUGAUGACAGCAGUGAGAGUGUCAGAGACCAUAUGUGCGGUGGAGAUUGAAGUUCCUGGUGCCGACAGUAGUGAAGUUGUCAAGGCAUUGGCGUCACAGGUUGUGGCAUACAGUCUUCGGAACAUGGAACGGACAACUCUCGAUGACAUGGGUAUCCAUGCCGCCAACACAAAUGACAAGGAUGCUCCUGAAGUGCUUCUUCACCUUGUCGGACACAUGGACGGAUACUCUGACAAUCACGAUAAUGAUGAGCCGGCUCCUGACGAAGAUUAUCUGAUCGCGUCGACGGGUAUAGUCAAAGCCUUGGACGUUUGUCUGACGAGCAAAGAUGGUACCAGCCGGGCACAUUCAAGGAAUAUCAGUCCGAGUGUCAGUGGCACAGCAACACCGAGACAAGGUGCGACCCAUGGUGUCAAACCGCGGGACGUCAGUUUGCAGCUUUGCGACAGUGCAAGGAAGAUUCGAAUGAGAUUACGGCCGGUCCUGAUCAGGGAAGAUCGUGCUGGGAAUGACUACAACUACCGCCGUCUUUUCAACCUCGAUCAAACCUUGCAGCGUAUGAUUGAAAGAUUCGAGGACGAAUACCCAGAAACCAAAGCUACAGAUCCAGGACUCGUGUCUGCCAGUGGCUCGCCCUCUCCAGGUCCUUCGACGGCCGAUCCUUCGAUGCUCUCGGCGUCUGUCGAUUCCGAUGGAUUGACCAAGAUGACUUCGGCAGAUGAAUACUUCCCCACCCAAAACGACGAGCAGGAUUCGUCUCGGCCCAUCAAAUUAUCUCGCACCACCUCAGAAACCUCUCUGGCUGCCAAAGCGUUCACGGAUGAAGAAGGUCGGAUGCACCGUUUGGGACAGAGUAUUCGCCGAGAAGUGCUCAAACCCACGGGCAUGGAGGAUAACCUCCACGGUACGAGCAAUGGUGAUCAUCCGGAACCUCCCCAUAUAGCGGCUCUCCGGGCGAAACUCGAAGCACUCAGCGGAGAGGAUAUAAGGGCAAAAGUACAAAGGGAUGGUGCGGAUGAGGUACUCAGAGAGAUUGGUUUGAACGCUGAGGAGUUGUUGGCCCUGAGAGAUACAGACCCAGAAGGGUUUGAAACUUUUCGAAAGUCUCAGAUGGCUGCAGCCAUCAACAGUGGUCUUGUCGAUGUUUGAGUCUUUUUUUUUUCUUUUUUUGCUUCUUUUGCUGUUUUCUUUCAGCCAAAGGAGGAGGAGGAGGAGGAGGAGG